AUGUUGGCGACGGUAAGCCCUUGCUCUACCCACCUAGACGAGACGAUGUCUACCUUAAGGUAUGCCAGCCAAGCCCGGGCGAUAGUGAACAGGGUAAGGGUGAACGAGGCACCUCAGGACAGAGAAAUGAGAGAGCUACGAGAAGAGCUGGAACGGCUGAGGCCAGCUGGCGAGAGGAUCAACAUCCUCCUUGGUGAAAAAGAAGAACUCGAAGGCCAGCUGAAUGUGAAAGCAGAAGAGAUAAAAAGCCUGGAAACAGAGCUUGAGAAGUAUAAGUCGCUGUUGUCAGAGUUGUCAAGAAGUAAAGAAGAAUUAAUGGGAAACAUUGAUAUUGCAGAUUCUAUCAAGCAAGAACUUAUACUAGAAAAACAACUUGUGUCACAACUGGAGCAAAAAGUUAAAAUCACUAAUCAAGAACUUACUAAUAUUGAAAAGUCCAAAAAUGAUUUGGAGAAAGAAUUGAAGAGUAGAAGACAAAUAGAAAUGGAUGACAAAGACAAAAUCAGUAAAUUAAAAAAAGAUAUCAAAACAUUGAAAAAUGAAAUCAUGGUUUCAAAAACAGAUCUCACGAAUGCUUUGAGAAGCAAAGAAGCUCUAGAAGAACAACUUUCAGAGAAAUCGUUCAGAGUGAAUGAGCUCUCGGUCCACCAGGAGAGAAUUUCAUCUCUUGAAGAGGAAUUGCAAAAUCUUAAAAAAAAAUAUAAUAAAAUUGAAUCACUUCUAAAUGAAGCCAAGCAAACUGAGCAAGCUUUAGAGAAAAAAUUGAAAGAAAGCAAUCUCAGGGAAGAAAAGCUUUUACAAAAUGCUGAACAAAUUCCAGCACUGGAAAGUGCUUUAAAUGAUUUAGAAAAAGAACUUAGAAAAGCGAGGACUGAUUUAGCUGAAAAUAAAAAGUGUAAAGAUGAACUUGCUAAACAGUUACAAAAUAGUUGCUCAAAAGAUGAAAUAAUCCAGCUUAAAGAAGGAAAUAUUAAGAAAAUAGAAAAUCUGGAGAUUGAUUUGCAGAAAUAUAUAAAUGAAUUGGCUAAAUGUAAUGAAGAAAACAAAGAACUAAACAAGAAGUUGUCUGAAAUAAGUUCAAGAGAAGAACUGCUCAAGAUGGAUGCUGAUAAAAUUCCUAAUCUUGAAAGUGAGCUGAGACUUCUCGAGGCUGAAUCCAGAAUAUCCAAAAGGGAGUUUGAGGCUGUUCAGUCAGAAAACGAAGCAUUGGUGAAGGAAUUAAAAGAGCUCAGGACAAGUAAAGAAGAAUUCAACAAACUUCUGAUUAAAGAUUCUGCACGUGAAUCCGAACUAAAAAAGAUUUUUGAAGAACUAUCACAAAAUAAAACUGAACUCAAGAGAUUAGAAAAGAUCAUUGAAGAAUUGGGCAAAAACAUCAAUGAAAGCCAUAAAAAGGAAGGACAACUAUUACUUAAGCUCCAAAACUCAUCAGCAUUGGAAAGGGAAUUAAAAAAAUUAACUGAAGAAUUAAUAACCUAUAAGCAGGCUGCUGAAAGAUCACAAGACAAUGUCGGGGAAGAAAAGAUAAACUCUUAUAUAAAACACAUUGAAAGUACAGAAUCAGAACUUUCUAAAGUUAAAGGACACCUGUCAGCUGAACAAAAAGCAAAAGAAGAAUUGAAAAAGAAGUUGGCCGAUGCUUUAACAAAUUGUGAAAGAUUGAAAUUCAAGGCAGAUCAGGCAAUUAGAACUGAAAUUGAACUGGAGAAGGUGAAGAAUGAAUUGAAUGAAGAAAGGAAAAACACUUCAGAGCUAUUGAUAAAGAUAUCAGAUUAUAAAUCGAGGGAGGAUGUUUUGAAAGCAGAAAUAUGCGCCAAGGCUCAGUAUCUUGAAAAUGCUCAGGUACAGAUAGAGAGGCAGCAGCAGCUUCAGGUCACGCUCAUGGAAGAAAGGCUCACCCUUCUCAAAGUGAUGGAAAAGCAAUGUUCAGCAAAAGAGUCUAAACUUGCAAAUGAUGGCAUUUUAGAAGAAACUGCUAUUUUAAAGAAAGGAAUGCAAUUCGAACUUAAGGAAAAAAACAUUACAGUAAGGCAUUUAAUCUUAAGUGCUAAAGCUGUAUUAAACCAUCUUAAACUUUCUAAGUGGAUCGAGAGAAUAGAGAAUGAAAAAACUUGGUAUAAAUCUAUGGAUUGUGAUCUACCUUGGGAAGUCGAUUUCGGAGAUUAUUAUGAUAAAAAUGAUGCACAUAAAAUAAUAUUAGAAGACCCCAGAGAUAAUAAAAACUGUUCGAUCAACAUAGGAACAAAAGUAACAGCUUCAGGUUGUUUAAAUCCUAUACUCUGGAGGAAAACUAUGAUCAGGCGACAUGUAAUGGGACUGAAAGAGGAUUCUGACGUCUUGAUAAAAUAUUUCAAUGAAGUAGAAGAUUCGAGGGUUUAUUCAAUCCUUAGCAGAAUACAAGUUUCUGUCGCUAGAUUGGAAGAAGCGACCUCAAAUGUGGAAAAAUAG